AUGAAGCCAACAAGCACCGUUGCCAUUGACAAGAACUGGCAAUUCAAGGAAGCCAAGAAAGCCGACUCUGAGUACCUACCCGUUGGUCAGUUUCCUACCAACGUUCACCUCGACCUCCUCCAUCACAAGCUCAUUCCCGACCCCUACAUUGGCAAGAAUGAGCUCGAAGUGCAGUGGAUUGGCGAGACCGUCUGGGUCUACAAGACCACCUUCACAAGCCCUAAAGACCUAGGCAAGUCCCAGGCCUUGCUAGCUUUUGAUGGGCUCGACACCUUUGCCACCGUGGAGCUGAACGGACAAAAGGUGGCCGAGACUGAUAACAUGUUCAUCCCCGUCGAUGUCGACGUUACCAAUGUCCUGAAGAACGACGGGGGCGAGAACGAACUGGUCAUAACUUUUGACAGUGCCUACCUCCGUGGCUGGAAGCUUGUUGAAAAGUACCCUGACCACAAGUGGGGUUGCUGGAACGGCGAUGUCUCGAGGCUCGCCGUGAGGAAAACACAGUACCACUGGGGAUGGGACUGGGGCCCAGCUCUUCUAUCUUGCGGUCCUUGGAGACCUGUCAAUCUGCACAUCUUCGAAUCGCGUAUCACCGACUUGUCCGCGAGGAUCAACGUCCCCAAAGACCUAAAGAAGGCCGAGAUCUCGACUUGUGCUCUGGUCGACGGACGUGCUGCCACUGUGAAAUUCGACAUUUCUCUCGACGGAAAGCAAGUCGCUUCCAAGACGGUCGAUGUGGCAGACGCUGCGCGUGCCAAGUUCACUAUUGAGGACCCUGAGCUCUGGUAUCCCAUUCGUUAUGGAAAGCAGCCCCUGUACACAUUAAAGGCGACUCUUCUUGACGGGCAAACUGAAGUUCAUUCUUCCGAGAAGCGAAUUGGUCUACGGAGGUCCGAGCUUGCUCAGCGCCCUUUGAAAGACCAGCCCGGAACCAGCUUCUUCUUCGAAGUCAACAACAUUCCUAUCUUCUGCGGCGGCAGUGACUGGAUCCCUGCGGAUAACUUCAUUCCACGCAUCUCCAAGGAGAGAUACUAUGACUGGGUGAAGCUCGUGGCCGAUGGCAACCAGUUUAUGAUCCGAGUCUGGGGUGGCGGCAUCUACGAAGAACAAGCAUUCUACGAUGCCUGCGAUGAACUUGGCAUACUGGUGUGGCAGGACUUCAUGUUCGGCUGUGGCAACUACCCAGCAUGGCCGGAGAUGCGCGCCUCCAUCAAGAAGGAGGCCGAGGAGAACAUCAAGAUGUUGCGACACCAUCCUUCCAUCGUCAUCUGGGCCGGGAACAACGAAGACUACCAAUACCAGGAGAGCGAGAAGCUCACAUAUGAGCCGGACAACAAGGAUUCCGAAAGCUGGCUGCAGACUGAUUUCCCGGCUCGUUACAUCUACGAGAAGAUCUUGGCCGAUGCGUGUGCUGAGCUGAUUCCCGAUACGUACUACCACUUUGGAAGCCCGUGGGGUGGUAAGGAUUCUACCGAUCCGACGAUUGGCGAUAUCCACCAGUGGAAUGUUUGGCAUGGCUCUCAGGAGAAGUAUCAGAACUUUGACAAACUCGUCGGACGGUUCGUCUCCGAGUUUGGCAUGGAAGCGUUUCCUUCCGUCAAGACAAUUGACGCCUUUCUCCCGAAGGGCAAAGACGAUCCUGACCGCUACCCUCAGUCCUCCACAGUCGACUUCCACAACAAGGCUGACGGUCACGAGCGCCGAAUCGCCCUGUACUUGGUCGAGAACUUCCGCUAUGCGCCAGACCCCUUGGAGCACUUUGUCUACUGUACGCAGCUGAUGCAGGCCGAGUGUCUUGCCUCGGCCUACCGUUUGUGGAAGAGAGAGUGGCGAGGUCCUGGGCGGGAGUAUUGCGGUGGCGCCCUGGUCUGGCAGAUCAAUGACUGCUGGCCGGUCACUUCGUGGGCCAUCUGCGACUACUACCUCCGGCCCAAGCAUGCCUACUACACCGUUAAGCGUGAGAUGGCACCCAUUUCCAUUGGCAUGACGCGUCGCGAGCACAAGCACCCCAAGAACAAGUACACUCGCGUGGAUAUCGAGACCAAGAUUCAGAUUGAGAUCUGGGGCUCGAAUCUCCAGCUCGAAGACCUCAAGGUGGACUGUGUUGUCAAGGCGUGGGAUGUUGAGACGGGCGAAGAGACCUUCUCUAAAGAGGUUUCUUCGGGCAUCGAACUUCCUGCCAACCGCUCCACGGAAAUCAUCGCCAUGGACGUCCCAGUCGAGAAGAAGGACGCCGGGCUGGAGAUGCGCACCGUUGUCGGCGCGUACUUGUACCAGAACGGGAAGCAGAUUGCCCGGUACGUGAACUGGCCCGAGCCCCUCAAGUAUGUCCACCUGCAAAAGCCGAAGCACCUCAAGACGGAGCUGUCAAGCGAUGGAAAGAGCGUGUCUGUGUCCGCUGAGUUCCCCGUCAAAGGUGUUUCUUUGGAAUGUGAGGAUGACGACGUCAAAUUUGAUGACAAUCUGGUGGACAUUGUUCCAGGGGAGGUUGUUACCGUUGGUGUCCAGGGGGCAAAGAAGGAUACCAAGAUCACGACCCAAUACUUGGGCAUGUUGAGCUAG